AUGAUUAUGGCAGACGAUGAUGUAUUAAAUAUACAAAUUUUCAUCCCCGAACUUCAUAUUCAGAAAUGUUUGGUUGUUAAUCUUGAUGAGAAAGUUUGGGAAAUCAAAGGGCGACUUGUCCAAUCUCUUCAGAAUAAGCUACCUCAGUCAUUCAACUACGGCUUGUUUCUGCCACCUUGCGAUGGCCGCGCUGGCAAAUUCUUACUGGAGGACCGUCCGAUACGUGAAUAUCCAUUUCAUGAUUGUGUCCCUUAUCUUGAGCUCAAAUACAAAAAGCGGGUUUACAAAAUGUUGAAUAUUGACGAAAAGCAACUGGAAAAAUUACAUACUAAGUCAAAUUUGAAAAAAUUCAUGAAUCACAUUGCUCUUGGACAGCUAAAACGGACGGAAGAAAUGUGUACUGCGGGAUUUGAUCCUAAUUUUCACGAUAAUGAAGGUAAGACACCAUUGACGAUGGUGUGUUCAUUACCAAAUAACGAAGGUUUUAUUAAAACGUUGGUAGAACAUGGAGCUCACGUCGAUUUCCGAAACAGUGAUGGACAGACACCAAUGCAUAAGGCGGCAUAUUGGUCUUUGGCGGAAAAUGUUAACUGUUUGCUUGAACUUGGUGCAUCACCAAACUAUCGGGAUCCACUUGGCUUGACACCACUUUACUACAACAUGCUGCAGAGUAGUUCAAAAUCAUCAGUAGCUCAAAUGUUACUUUAUAAUUAUUCAGAUAUUAAUGUAACUGAUUUGGAUGGAAAUCAUGAGAUACAUCAGGCAUGCAAGAAUGGUUUGGUGCAACAUAUGGAUUAUUUGAUAUACUAUGGAGCUGAAAUUAAUGCUCAGAAUAUCAAUGGGAAUACUCCGCUUCAUAUUUGCGCAAUUCAUAAUAAACCUAAUUGCGCACGUUUAUUACUGUUUCGUGGUGCUAAUCCAACAGUUAUGAAUAAGCAAAGCCAGACAGCGUUAGAUGUGGCACAGAUUCUUGGCUGUCAUGAAAUAACGAAAGUUAUUUUGGACCAUGACCCUGUAUCCACUGUGCCCUAUAACGUGAAGCCGACUUUUAAUCCCAGAAGGCGUUCAUCGAUAUUACCUAGUCAACGAUCCUCAAGUCGGACAUCACUUUGCAACAGUGAAUAUCGAUCUGUGAUACCGGCCAGCCCGACACCAAGCCAUAUGUCAGUAUCCAGUUAUAAAACGUGUCCAGGGGAUAUUGAUGGUGGAUAUAGUACAAUGCGACGAUAUCCAGCUUACCCCCUAAUGAACAUCAAUGGUUUUGAGAUUAACAUACCACGCACUAUCGUAAUACCGCGAGAUAGUAAAGGUGGCUUCGGAUUCGUCUUACGAGGCGCUACAAAAGCCGGAAACUUUAUUCCAACAUUGUUGAAUCCAGCAUUGCAAAAAUUCGAAGGGAUUGAUCUGCAAGGAAUGGCUAUGAAAGCGGGUCUAAGACCCGGUGAUUUCUUGCUUCAGGUGAACAAUAUUGAUGUACGUAGAACACCGCAUGAUCAAGUGCAUAAAUUAAUACAGUCUUCGGGAGACACUGUAAUGUUAAAGGUGAUUACUGUCGAUCCUGGUUUAUUUAGUUUUCCGCCCUCUCAUACGAUGCCGGUGAAUAUUUCUCGCACAGUUCGGGAAUAUCGUCCACCAAUGCUGCCACAAGACAAAACGUAUAUCAGCCAUUCGUUACCACGUCGAAAUCGUCGCAUCAGUGGUAACAUAGGUGACAUGUAUGGUUAUGGUAAUAGUUUGCUUCCCUUGCAUUCUACUAAAUCGGUAGAAACACUAAAUCAAAGUAAUUACGAACGAUUUGCGUCCGUAAAACAACGAAUUGGUAGUUCUAAACGUAUUUCUAUGGAAGAAUUGGAACGACUGAUGGAACGACAGGGACAGUGUACUUCGCAAUUUCAACCCAUCCCCAUAAAUGAGGAUUCACUGCCAAAUCGAAAUAGUUUGAAGUUUAAUUCAGUGAAUGACCUAAAACGUUACAAAAAAAGUGGCUUACAUCGAACAACUUUACCACCUGUAGCUGGUAACGACCAUUGUGCUCCGUCAGUAAUACAAAGCUUUAAUUCUUCACCAGAUUUGCCUCGAUCAGUGGAUGAUGAAUCGCCCUCAUUGAUUUCUUUUAAUGGACAAGUUAGCCAACGUGGCUUUGCCAUUUCUCCAGACUAUUCACGUCCUUUUAAGUCCAUCGACCGACCCAAAACACCACCACCUCCUCCACCACUUCCACCGCUGUUUGACAACUUCCCAUCAUCGUCCUCGAAUAAUGAAACACUAACAUCUCCGCCUCGAAUCGAAACGACUCUUUCAUCUCCACCUGCUGCACCUCCACCUCCACCUCCACCACCACCUCCUCCUCCACCACUUCCUCUGCUCCAGUCUUCUGCAACAACAGCAGCAAAAUCUGUGUCUUUUAAAAAUGAUGAUGAAGAUGGAGAAUCUGAAUCAAAAGAAACAAGAACUCCUGCUAUCAGUAGUGAAAUCUUGUCAACAAUAAAAUUGAAACCUACCAUACGACGUGAACCAGCUAAUUACUGUGCAACCGUGCCACGUGGAUUUGAUUCUGAUCUACGUAAUGCACUGGCAAAAAGGAGAGGCAAGGUUGCUCAAAGUGGUAGUAAUGAUGCAUCGAAAAAAGUAGUUUUCUUGCUGGAGAAUCCUCCUGUAGCCACAGUGAUCAGCAGUUACGGUGGAUUAAGUUUGUGCGAAUCAGUCCGGCAAAGUGUUCCAAGUUCAACAAAAUGGGAGAUUGGGAAAUCAGAGCAUUCUCCAACGAGUAUUGCAUCAAAAAAAGAUAGCGGUUAUACAUCGUCACGCACUUCGCUUGAACCAUCAGAAUGCGGUGAAGAAAUUGGAUCAGUAGGUGCUACGAUAAUUGCGGUACCAGGAUCUACGAAACCAACCACUGGCGUAGCUGGUGCCAGUUCCGCAUGUCAUGUCUCGUUGCUUAGUAAUCAGUUUGAAGAAAUUUGUGGAUCUACGUGUACCAGGAAGAGUAAUUGUUUAUCGCAGGUAGCACCACCUGUUCAACAGUUAGCUCAAGCGGUCAGCGAUCAUGAUUCGAUGAGCUUGAACUCCACACUGUCGACGUUAAGUAGACAAUCAUCAACGGAUUGUCAACAGCGGACAUUGUCUACUAUCCUAUUGUCAACAUCUCAUUGCAAACUCUCAGUAACUCCCUCAACUGACUGCAAUGACGAUGAACCGGACAGCGGUACUGGUGACUCCGAUAACGACGCUGCGACAAAAUCUAGUAGUCACACAAGUCCGCUUAUGAGUAACAGUUUUAUCGAUAAACAAGUGGCAAGCUGGACAACUGAUGACAUUGUUGCAUGGCUAAAAACAUUAGGCCUUUCGGAACAUUCCAGGAAAUUCCAGCAGUUUCGAAUUGACGGUACUCAUUUGUUAUCCUUUGAUCGAUCAUUGUUAACGCAGCUCGGUGUCACACGAAUUGGUCAUCGACAACUGAUUGAACGGUCUCUGAAAAGUUUGAGCAAUAAUUAA